GAGCAGAGAGAGCUGUUCUCUUUUUUUUUUUUCUAUAUGGUGAGAGGAAACGAGAGCUGAUAGAGAGAAAGAGGGAAACAAAGCUCAAGAUCACGAGCACUUUUCUCUUCUUCUCAUUAUUGAGCGAUCAAAAGGGAUCUCAAGAAACCCACUUGUUGUUGGUUAGAUACUUCACGGGUCUCCUCAAACGUCUCUUUCUCACAACCAUAACUUGAUCACCCCACUAGUCCUUCCCUCCCCUCAACGGCUCAAAUUACUCCACCUCACAACCCCGUCUCUUCAUUUCCUCGGAUGUCGAGGUGACGUUAGAUAUUAUCUCCCACAAAACAAAACAUCAUCAUCUGACAAAACAGAAACUGUAAAGUUGCAGCAGAGAGACAGAGUAAAAGAGGUAAACAAAUGGAUCGGCCAGCAGUGAGUGGUCCAAUGGAUUUGCCGAUUAUGCACGACAGCGAUAGGUAUGAGCUCGUCAAAGAUAUUGGCUCCGGUAACUUUGGAGUUGCCAGAUUGAUGAGAGACAAGCAAACUAAUGAGCUUGUUGCUGUUAAAUAUAUCGAGAGAGGUGAGAAGAUAGAUGAAAAUGUAAAAAGGGAGAUAAUAAACCACAGGUCCUUAAGACAUCCCAAUAUCGUAAGAUUCAAAGAGGUUAUAUUAACACCGACCCAUUUAGCCAUUGUUAUGGAAUAUGCAUCUGGAGGAGAACUUUUCGAGCGAAUCUGCAAUGCAGGACGCUUCAGCGAGGACGAGGCAAGGUUUUUCUUCCAACAGCUCAUUUCAGGAGUUAGUUACUGUCAUGCUAUGCAAGUAUGUCACCGAGAUUUAAAGCUUGAGAAUACCUUAUUAGAUGGUAGUCCGGCUCCUCGUCUAAAGAUUUGCGAUUUCGGAUAUUCUAAGUCGUCGGUGUUGCAUUCACAGCCAAAAUCGACUGUUGGAACUCCUGCUUAUAUCGCUCCAGAGGUUCUACUAAAGAAAGAAUAUGAUGGAAAGGUUGCAGAUGUUUGGUCAUGUGGGGUAACUCUGUACGUCAUGCUUGUUGGAGCAUAUCCUUUCGAAGAUCCCGAGGAGCCAAAGAAUUUCAGGAAAACUAUACAUAGAAUCCUGAAUGUUCAGUACGCUAUUCCGGAUUAUGUUCACAUAUCUCCUGAAUGUCGCCAUUUGAUCUCCAGAAUAUUCGUUGCUGACCCUGCAAAGAGGAUAUCAAUUCCUGAAAUAAGAAACCACGAAUGGUUUCUGAAGAACCUACCAGCAGAUCUCAUGAACGAUAACACGAUGACCAGUCAGUUUGAUGAAUCGGAACAACCGGGACAAAGCAUAGAAGAGAUCAUGCAGAUCAUUGCAGAAGCAACUGUUCCUCCUGCAGGGACUCAGAAUCUGAACCAUUAUCUCACAGGAAGCUUGGAUAUAGAUGACGAUAUGGAGGAAGACCUAGAGAGUGACCUCGAUGAUCUUGACAUAGACAGUAGCGGAGAGAUUGUGUAUGCAAUGUGAUACCAUCUCUACGGUGCAUUCUGCUACAAAAAAAUGUCCCAAAAAAAAAAAAAAAAAAAGGUUGAAGAAGAAAGAAGAAUAAAGUGUCGUCUUGUUUGCUAUUGAGAUUAGCCCCCAACUUUGUCUCAAUGGGCACACUUUGAAUCUUUAAAAUGCAAAAAAAAAAGACUGAAACAAUUGAUGGGUGUUUUCUUAACAUAAAAUUGAAAAGGAAAAAAAAAAAACAUUUUCAUCAAUUAGUAUUUGUUUUGAUA